AUGAGUCAAUUCAAGGAAAUCAACGCUUCCAAAACAUCGAACAACGCGUCCGUGAACACGAAUAACGAGGUUUUUGGUACCCGAAGAACGGUCAACGGACGUCCGAUGAACCGGGAUCAAUAUCCCUAUCAAUCGUGGAGAUAUGAAUCGGCUCCUUUAAGAACACCUACGACGACGAUGAUGCCGCAAUUCAGCCGAGUGAGUUCUAGUACGGAACCACCGAAACGAAAAGUGAUCAAUUAUUCCCUGGCCAGAGGAGAUGCCGUCCAACUGCAAACAUGCAAGAAUGCAUGGGUUCCGUCGUGUCUCAGAGCGAAAGACACGAACAAUUGUCAGCCGCUGAACGAGGAGGACGUGGAGAUAGAAGAAAUACGUAAAAAAUGCAUGUCGGCUCUCAACAAAAUAACGCCGGAAAAUAUGACCUUGUUGGCGGACACCAUUACGUCAUUGCCAAUCAAGACGGAGAAAUGCAUGAAAAAAGUCAUUGAGCUACUAUUUCAAAAAGCCAUAGACGAACCGAAUUUCACGCCGCAGUAUGCAUAUAUAGGCAUGGCAAUGCACAAAAAAGAAAGCAAGCAGAGCGAUAAGAAGUCGAAAACGACGUUCAAAAAUAUGUUGACCAAGUGCUGUCAAGACAGGCUGUACGAAAUGCGUGCCCACGAAGAGGCAUUAGCAAAAAGCCUUAAGGCAGUAGAAGAUUGCCCGAAUCAAGAUAUUAAAGCGCAACUGCAGACCAAACACAAUGAAGAUGAAAUGGUGUACAGAAAAAGAUCGGUUGGAAAUUGCAGAUUUAUGUGCGAACUGUAUAAAAUAGAAAUAUUAACGAGUAAGACUCUAGAAGAGAGCAUGAAAUAUCUUCUAAGGACACCGAACGAAGAAACGCUUGAAUGCGCGUGUAACGUGUUGAAACAUACCGGGAAAACAUUAAGUCACAAAGCUACUUUUAAAAAGCUCAACGAGUAUGCGUCUGAGGCGUAUAAGACAAAGGUACCGACAAGGAUAAGGUUCAUGAUUCAAAACGUCAUUGAACUCAAGGAAAAUGAUUGGGUACCCAGAAAUGCGCGUCCCAAAGGGCAGUUGAGCUGUGUAAAAUCAAUACAGAAUACGGGAAUACGUGUUAACAGGCAGUACACACCAACUACAACACCUGUGAUGUUGAUGAAAAACAUUCUACAAAAAUCAAACGAGCAGAACAAUACGAAACUGCUUACAGAUAUUAGAAAAGACGACAAUGUGCUUCAAAAUGAAAAAUUACCUACAGAGAUAAACGGUCCAAAACAGCUAUCAUUACCAAUGAAAUGGAGUGAUUCUGUUAAGAACAAUAUACCAUUGUUAAUGCCAGUUAUAGAACAAAAAAUGGAUAGUUCUAAUGAUUUACAUUCAAUAAACGAUAAACAUAUUGAAAUAGAAGAAACCCUGAAAAAAUAUCAAACUAUUCUAAACAAUAUAACUCCGGAUAAUGUGGCUUCGAUGGCGAAAAAUAUCAUGUCACUGCCAAUAGAAACAGAAGAUUGUCUGAAGAAAGUAGUAGAACUUUUGUUUCAAAAGGCAAUGGACGAAACGAUAUUGAGUCCCCAAUACGCAUUUAUUUGUUCGACAAUGAAAAACACGGUGGUACAUUCGAAAGACUCGAAAUCAAACACGUCUUUCAAAAGUAUUUUGCUUGCAAGGUGUCAAAAAGCAUUCGAGUCGAUAUUCACUCGUAAACGCACUGUAGCCAAAGAGCGCAACGAAAUCGAAUCGUGCAGGGAUAAAGCAAUGCGGCGAAAACUCCAAUCCAAGUUCGAUCAAAACGAAUCGGAUUACAGGAAUCAUUCGAUUGCAAACUGCAGAUUUAUGUGUGAACUAAUGAAAUUUAACAUUUUGAUACCUGCGGUACUAGAGAUGUGUGCUGCUAGACUAGUACAAAUUGAAAAAGACAUACCAAUCGAGUGCACGUGUGUUAUAUUGAAACACACUGAUAACGCAUUGAACGAAAGUGGCGUAUUCGAGAAGCUACACGAGUAUACAACUGCGCAAAAGCAAAAACUCUCUUCCAGAGUGCAGUCCAUAAUUCUGGAUACGCUAAGACUGAAGAAUGACGGUUCAAUGGAUUGCACCACCAGUAAAAAGUCUAUUUUAUUGGACCGAACUGAAGAAAACAGUAUUAUAGAGUCUCGCAUCGAAAACACAAAACAACCCCUUGUAAGCAAGCAACCUGUAUCAACGGUCCAAAAGAGCAAACACCCGGAGUUAAAUGUUUACAAGACCGUUAAUUCGGUUAUUAACUCGGUGACCGCAGAUAACGUGAAUACUACAAUAAAUGAGUUGUCUACUCUUAUUUCGAAUUCCGACGUGAUGAAAAAGACGAUCGACUUCAUCUUUGCCAGAGCAAACAUUCGCCCAGAAAGUGUUCCAAUGUUGGUAUGCAUAUGUUCUUCGUUGAAAAACUUGGUAGUUAAUCCAGUUGAACAACACGCGAAGCCUAUAUCGUUUAAGAAAGAAGUUCUGAUACGUUGUAACCAGGUUUUGCAGUCCGGAAUACAGAGCGAUUCGAGUGAAAACGCAUUUACGCAUAAAAAACCUUUCACAUUUGUCGGCGAAUUAUUUAAUGCAAACGUGUUAUCGGCACAUACUCUACUAGAGUUUUUGCGAAACAUACCGGAUAAGCUGACAAACAGAGGGCUUGACAAUACUUGUCGCCUACUAAUAGCAGCUGGAAAAAAAUUGGAACAAGUUUACAAUCUGAAAAAAACAAUAAGAAAAUUGACGAAUAUGGUUUCGAACGACGAGAAAGGGAUAUAUUCUCUACGUAGUACAAUGCUUCUUAAAGAAUUUGUGAACCUACGCGACAAAAAAUGGUUGUUGUAGUAGAAAUAUUUUAUGCUUACCAAAUCGAAUCGAAGGUGUUCUGUCGAUUGUACAUCGACAAACACUUCCUUUGGUGGUAGUAGUCUAUUCCCGGCUGAGUAAAAGCAAACCUAUUAUUAGUUAUUUCUUAAUGUGAUGGUUUAAUACGGGAUCUAUAAAUAUUAGAUGACAUAUAGAUCACCAUCUGUAUGUCUACCAACAUUUGUAGAUGACUAACAUGUCGUUGAG